GUUGUGUAGAGUAGUCGGGUACUGGCCAGUGAGUUGGUAAGAUGGCGGCUGCGGCGGUGGUGGAGUUUCAGAGGGCUCAGUCUCUCCUCAGCACGGACCGCAACGCGUCCAUCGAUAUUUUACACUCGAUAGUGAAGCGAGACAUCCAAGAGAACGAUGAGGAGGCUGUGCGAGUCAAAGAGCAGAGCAUCCUGGAGCUGGGGUCGCUCCUGGCCAAGACAGGGCAGGCUGCAGAGCUCGGUGGCCUGUUGAAGUAUGUGCGACCGUUCCUAAACUCGAUCAGCAAGGCCAAGGCAGCCAGGCUGGUUCGCUUGUUACUCGACCUAUUUCUGGACAUGGAGGCAGCCACUGGCCAAGAGGUCCAGCUGUGCCUUGAGUGCAUUGAAUGGGCAAAAGCAGAGAAGAGGACUUUUCUACGUCAAGCCUUGGAGGCUCGCCUGGUUUCACUGUAUUUCGACACUAAGAGAUACCAGGAGGCUCUGAAUCUUGGGUCCCAGUUGCUGCGGGAGCUGAAGAAGAUGGAUGACAAGGCACUGCUGGUGGAGGUGCAGCUGCUGGAGAGUAAGACGUAUCAUGCUCUCAGUAAUUUGCCCAAAGCACGGGCUGCCCUCACUUCAGCCAGGACGACUGCCAACGCCAUCUACUGCCCACCCAAGCUGCAAGCCGCCCUGGACAUGCAGUCAGGGAUCAUCCAUGCAGCAGAAGAGAAGGACUGGAAAACAGCAUACUCCUAUUUCUACGAGGCGUUUGAGGGCUAUGAUUCUAUUGAUAGCCCCCGAGCCAUCACAGCACUCAAGUACAUGCUCCUCUGCAAGAUCAUGCUUAACUUCCCAGAGGAGGUGCAGGCCUUGAUAAGUGGAAAACUAGCUCUGCGCUACGCAGGACGACAGACAGACGCACUGAAAUGUGUGGCUCAAGCCAGCAAGAAUCGGUCUUUGGCAGACUUCGAGAAGGCUCUGACAGAGUACCGAGGGGAGCUGCGGGACGACCCCAUCAUCAGCACCCACCUGGCCAAGCUUUACGACAACCUGCUGGAGCAGAACCUCAUCCGGGUCAUCGAGCCCUUCUCCAGAGUGCAGAUCGAACACAUAUCAACUCUUAUUAAACUUCCAAAGGGCGACGUAGAGAGAAAAUUGUCACAGAUGAUUCUGGACAAGAAGUUUCAUGGGAUCCUGGACCAGGGAGAGGGUGUGCUGAUUAUAUUUGAUGAGCCACCAGUAGAUAAAACAUACGAAGCAGCUCUUGAAACCAUUCAGAACAUGAGCAAAGUAGUGGAUUCACUCUACAACAAAGCCAAGAAGUUAACAUAGGAGGUGAGGAUGUGUGACCAGAGUGGAACAUUUGGGUGGGCGGGGGUGACAAACUGCAGUUGAUUCUUUUGUUUCCUUCUGCUUUCACUGGAAAAGUU